AUGUCCAUACGCAUAGCUUUGGACCAGCAGCCUGAGUUCUAUACCAAUCUUGACUUCAUCCGCGGCCGCAUCAUCUUGGGUCUCAACCGCCCAGAACAAAUUGGCAGUAUUGUUGUCAAGCUUGAAGGCGAGUCGGGUACGGCUCUACAAGCCCCUAACGCCUUUGACGCAGAUUACGCUCCUAGGCCACCAGGAGCUCCCCAACGUCCCCCUGGUAGUCUUGCAACUGAGAACCACAAGAUCCUCUACAAGCUCCAGCAGGUCUUUCCAGAUGACUACUACGCCAGCUCUUCGAGUCCAUAUGGCUCUUAUCCGCUCCAGGCAGGCGAGCAUGAGUUCCCAUUCAAUUUCAAGCUUCCCAUCAACAAUGCCUGCAGCGACCCUGCGGCCAUGUCAAAGAUUGGUGGCGUGGCAAAUGUAGGCGGCUUUGGGGGUGGUGGCCUUUUUGGUAUUGGAGGUGUGAGAGUCAUGGACGGAAGCAAGCAACUCUACCUUCGCCAUGUCACCCGCACACUGCCACCCUCACUGACUGGAUAUCCUAUGGAGGCCGAGAUCCGUUACUACAUCAAGGUCACAAUCCAGCGUCCAGGGCUGCUCAAAGAGAACUGGCGCUAUCAGAUUGGUCUCAAGUUCCUUCCAAUCGAGCCACCACGGCCCAAGCACACGGCCCAGGAGGCCUUUGCUCGUAGGCCGUUUACGUUCCGGCCAAGGUCCCCGGCGCCGGACAGGAAGCGCAGUACACUCUUCAGCUUCAAGGGUAGUGAAGACUCCAAGUCCGCCUCCACCCCGGAGCCGUCCCCCGACACCGCCCCGGCUCCGGCUAUCGAGAUUUCGGCCCGUCUGCCCCACCCCAGUAUACUGACUUGCAAUAAGCCCGUUCCGCUAAGGCUUAUUGCAAAGAAGUUGAACAACAACCCGGAUCAGGUCUUCCUGGUCUCGUUUCAGAUGGAUCUGAUUGGCCGUACAGAUGUUCGGGCUCAAGAGCUUCACAACCAGAAACUCAACCGAUGGGUUGUAGCCGCCAACUCCAACCUCAACAUCCCCUUAACUUCUUCGCCGGAGGAUGAGGUUGGAAAGGAGCUAGUGAUUCCCGACGACGUGUGGAAGAAUAUGCCUCUUCCCAACACCGUCGCACCAUCCUUUGUCACCUGCAACCUCUCCCGAAGGUAUGAGCUUGAGGUCAAGCUUGGGUUGUCUUGGGGCAAACCCAAAAAGGGCAUUGCAUCCAGAGACCCAUCCAAGAACCCCCAGGUCAUCCAUCUACCAUUGCACUUUGCUCAGUUGGAGGUCUUCUCUGGUAUCACUCCACCACCCGAGCUCGUCGAAGCGGCGAGGUCCAGCCGGCCGGGACGAGCGACCUUUACUGGGAAUGCACCCGCCAACGGCCUACCUCCUCGUCUGCCGCCCCGAACAAACACGGCGAGUGCCUCGAUGGCACCACCUCAACAGCAGCAACAUCGACCACCUCAGGCUGCUCAUCAAGUACCUCCUCAACCAGCUCAUGAUCCGCUAUACCCACCGCAGCUGGCACCAGGUCAGGACGUACCGCCAUAUGACGAUGCGCCGCCUAGCUACGAUGAGGCUAUGGCAGAGAACCUAUCAGGUCCCUUUGAUGGAAUGCAACCACGACCGGCUUACAGCGGUGUCACCAACGAAAACGCACCGAGCCAGUUGCCCCCUGAAAAGAACUAA